GUGACCUCCGCCUCAGCUGACCCGGAGCAGCAGGAAGGACAAAGUCUCGGGCUGCGCUUCCUGGCGCUAUGAGGUUCCGGUUCUGUGGUGAUCUGGACUGUCCUGACUGGGUCCUGGCGGAGAUCAGCACACUUGCCAAGAUUUCCUCCGUGAAGCUGAGGCUGCUGUGCAGCCAGGUGCUGAAGGAGCUUCUGGGACAGGGGAUUGAUUACGAGAAGGUCCUGAAGCUCACUGGCGAUGCCAGGUUUGAGUUGGGCGAUGUGAAAGCCACGGUGGCAGUACUGAGUUUCAUCUUCUCCAGUGCGGCCAAGCAUAGCGUGGAUGGCGAGUCCUUGUCCAGUGAAUUGCAGCAGCUGGGGUUGCCUAAAGAGCAUGCAGCCAGCUUGUGUCGUUGUUACGAGGAGAAGCAAAGCCCCCUGCAGGAGCACCUGCGGGCCUGCAGCCUGCGUAUAAGUAGGCUGGCAGGCAUGGGCUGGCGGGUAGACUAUAUUCUGAGCUCCAGCCUGCUGCGGUCUGUGGAAGAGCCCAUGGUGCACCUGCAGCUGAAGGUGGCAAAUGCCCCGGAUGCCCCAGCCCAACCUGUUGCCAUAUCGCUCUCUGCAGACAAGUUCCAGGUCCUUCUGGCAGAACUGAAGCAGGCCCAGACCUUGAUGAGCUCCCUGAGCUGAGGAGAAGAGUGUUUGUGGCCCACAUGGAGCUGCCCUACCUGUGUCGAGUCGCUGCACUUGAAACUUCAGGACUCCAGUUCCAGAACCCUGAAGGCCUGGCCUACUGGAUCUCUGGCUUUCUAGGCUCCUACUCGAGAAUUCAGCAUAGGGAUCCUGGGGACUUUUCCAGCAUUGUCUUCCCUCCCCCUUAAAAGAUACCUGUUCUUGGUUUUCCCAAGCAGGAAGAAUAAACAGAAACGUAAAGGA